CAUGAAAUCCGUGUAUGGAGGCAGACGGCCCAGCGUAUUAGCCCGGCCAGCAGAGAGGAGACGGCUGUCAAGUGUCUUCUGAUGCAGAAGGUCCUCAACCUGGAGAGCGUGCUCCGCAAGCAACUCAAAACCUUCCAGAGACAGAUUUCUCAGGAAGAUAAGAACUGGGAGAAUAACAUUCAGGAGUUGCAUAAAAAGAACAGAAUAACAGACCGAGUCCUCCUGGUGAAGUGUAUAUCUGUGCUGGGGGUCGUCAUCUUCAUGUUCUUCCUGAACUCCUUUGUUCCCAGCAUUCAUCUGGAGCUGGGUUGGAUAGCUAUCUUCGGGGCCCUGUGGCUGCUGGUGCUAGCUGACAUCCAGGACUUUGAGAUCAUUCUGCACAGAGUGGAGUGGGCCACGCUGCUGUUCUUCGCUGCUCUGUUUGUUCUCAUGGAGGCUUUGGCCCAGCUACAGCUUAUCGACUAUAUCGGAGUGCAGACGGCCCUGCUCAUAAAAGCCGUUCCAGAAGAGCAUCGUUUAGCCAUGGCCAUCAUCCUGGUCAUGUGGGUGUCAGCUCUGGCCUCCUCCCUCAUCGACAACAUCCCCUUCACCGCCACCAUGAUCCCUGUCCUCAUCAACCUGAGUCAAGAUGCAGACGUCAACCUGCCUAUCAAACCCCUCAUCUUUGCACUGGCCAUGGGAGCCUGUCUGGGAGGAAACGGAACGUUGAUUGGCGCGUCGGCCAAUGUGGUGUGUGCAGGCAUCGCUGAACAACAUGGCUACGGCUUCUCCUUCAUGGAAUUCUUCAGGCUAGGCUUCCCCAUGAUGCUAAUGACCUGUACCUUAGGGAUGUGCUACCUGCUGGCCACAAUCAUCGGACUGGGCUGGACCCUCUAACCUGCUCCCCACUGCACUACCAAAGAGAGACUGUUUGAGUGAAUGUGUGAGAUACAGAGAGUUUCAAAAUGUUGGAUGCAGCUCAAAAGUUCCUUCACAGAUUCAAAGUUUCAGCUCAUUUGGAAAGCGGUGGACGUCAUCUCGAGUACCCAUAUCAUAACUGUCACAUGACAGUUAUGAUAUGCAGUAGUUAGCCUACAACAGUGAUGUGUUGCAACAUGAGGAAAACAAGCUAAAGUGAAUGGAUCAUCAUUUACACUUAGAGCAAACGGAGCCAGGGCUUUUCUACACUACAUGGCCUCAGUCUAUAGAUCUCUCCAUGGAGCUCUUCAGUCUACAGCCCUCUCUAUCUCUCCAUGGAGCUCUUCAGUCUACAGCCCUCUCUAUCUCUCUCCAUGGAGCUCUUCAUUCUACAGCCCUCUAUCUCUCCAUGGAUCUCUUCAGUCUACAGCCCUCUCUAUCUCUCCAUAGUGCUCUUCAUUCUACAGUCCUCUCUAUCUCUCCAUGGAGCUCUUCAGUCUACAGCCCUCUCUAUCUCUCCAUGGAGCUCUUCAUUCUACAGCCCUCUAUCUCUCCAUGGAUCUCUUCAGUCUACAGCCCUCUCUAUCUCUCCAUAGUGCUCUUCAGUCUACAGCCCUCUCUAUCUCUCCAUAGUGCUCUUCAGUCUAUAGCCCUCUAUCUCUCCAUGGUGCUCUUCAGUCUACAGCCCUCUCUAUCUCUCUCCAUGGUGCUCUUCAGUCUACAGCCCUCUCUAUCUCUCCAUGGCGCUCUUCAUUCUACAGUCCUCUCUAUCUCUCCAUGGUGCUCUUCAGUCUACAGCCCUCUCUAUCUCUCCAUGGUGCUCUUCAUUCUACAGCCCUCUCUAUCUCUCUCCAUGGUGCUCUUCAGUCUACAGCCCUCUCUAUCUCUCCAUGGCGCUCUUCAUUCUACAGCCCUCUCUAUCUCUCUACGGUGGUCUUCAGUCUACAGCCCUCUCUAUCUCUCUCCAUGGUGCUCUUCAGUCUACAGCCCUCUCUAUCUCUCUCCAUGGUGCUCUUCAGUCUACAGCCCUCUCUAUCUCUCCAUGGCGCUCUUCAUUGUACAGCCCUCUCCAUGGUGCUCUUUAGAUCCACAGGGCUCUCCAUGGUGCUCUUUAGAUCCGCAGGGCUCUCCGUGGUGCUCUUUAGAUCCACAGGGCUCUCCAUGGUGCUCUUUAGAUCCGCAGGGCUCUCCGUGGUGCUCUUUAGAUCCGCAGGGCUCUCUGUGGUGCUCUUUAGAUCCACAGGGCUCUCUGUGGUGCUCUUUAGAUCCGCAGGGCUCUCCGUGGUGCUCUUUAGAUCCACAGGGCUCUCCAUGGUGCUCUUUAGAUCCACAGGGCUCUCCAUGGUGCUCUCCAGAUCUGCAGGGCUCUCCAUGGUGCUCUUUAGAUCCGCAGGGCUCUCCAUGGUGCUCUUUAGAUCCACAGGGCUCUCCAUGGUGCUCUCCAGAUCCGCAGGGCUCUCCAUGGUGCUCUCCAGAUCCGCAGGGCUCUCCAUGGUGCUCUUUAGAUCCACAGGGCUCUCCAUGGUGCUCUUUAGAUCCACAGGGCUCUCCAUGGUGCUCUUUAGAUCCACAGGGCUCUCCAUGGUGCUCUUUAGAUCCACAGGGCUCUCCGUGGUGCUCUCCAGAUCCGCAGGGCUCUCUGUGGUGCUCUCCAGAUCCACAGGGCUCUCUGUGGUGCUCUCCAGAUCCACAGGGCUCUCUGUGGUGCUCUCCAGAUCCACAGGGCUCUCUGUGGUGCUCUCCAGAUCCGCAGGGCUCUCUGUGGUGCUCUCCAGAUCCACAGGGCUCUCCAUGGUGCUCUUUAGAUCCACAGGGCUCUCUGUGGUGCUCUCCAGAUCCGCAGGGCUCUCCAUGGUGCUUCUGCUUAUAUGGGUAUAUUAUUAAAAUAUUACGAUUUUUCAUGUAAUUUUUUUGGUGCUCAAAACUCUGAAUCAGCUGAGCUACAUUAUAUGGAAUCAUCAUCAUGGCCCUGUUAACCAACAAAAGGGAUGUUUCUGUGGCCUAUUACAAGGUUGUAUGUAGGCCUGACUUUGGGCUGGAUUCAAUUAGAUUGACAUCCGCAUAGCUGCGUUAGAGCUGUCAAAUCCACAAGCUGCUUGUUGCGAUACGAUACCUACCUUAUCGUGGACAGUGGUGGAAAAAGUACCCAACUCUCAUACUUGAGUUAAAGUAAAGAUACCUCAAUAGAAAAUGACUCAAAAAAUGACUCAGUAAAAGUCACCCAGUAAAAUACUACUGGAGUAAAAAUCUAAAAGUAUUUGGUUAAAAGAUAUUUAAGUAUUAAAAGUAAAUGUAUAAAUUAUUUCAAAUUCCUUAUAUUAAGCAAACCAGAUGGCACCAUUUUCUUGUUUUUUAUUUUUUUUCUAAUGUACAAUAUUUUCUUAAGGAAUGUAGUGAAGUAAAAGUAGUCACAAAUGUAAAUAGUAAAGUACAGCUACCCGAAAAAACUUCUUAAGUAGUACUUUAAAGGUUUUUUUACUUAGAGUACUUUACACCACUGAUCGUGGACACUGCCAUUGGAUACAACGAAACCACACCCCACAAUAAUCCGACAAAAUCCCGUACAGCCGUGUUAGAACAUCAAACACUCGAAUUAGACGGGCGUGAAUCCUCCCAUCCAAACAUGAAAACAAACAAAAGCCUAACAUCAAUGGUUUGACAUUGAGAGUCAUUAUUUCAAUCGAUAGGGCCGUUCUGAACUUCUAGCGCAUUAUGGGUAAUGAGGAAGGGAGGGGUUUUUGACACAUGAGCAGCCGCUCACCAAUAUGUCAGCUCACACCACAGUCACGCCUCCAAAACCGCCACAACAUCUGCUAUGCGAAUGUCGGCCACCGCUGGUUAACGCUGCUUACCGCUGGUUACCGCUGGUUACCUCUGGUUACCGCUGGUUACCGCUGGUUACCGCUGGUUACCGCUGGUUACCUCUGGUUACCUCUGGUUACCUCUGGUUACCUCUGGUUACCGCUGGUUACCACUGGUUACCGCUGGUUACCGCUGGUUACCUCUGGUUACCGCUGGUUACCGCUGGUUACCGCUGGUUACCGCUGGUUACCGCUGGUUACCUCUGGUUACCUCUGGUUACCACUGGUUACCUCUGGUUACCACUGGUUACCUCUGGUUAACGCUGCUUACCGCUGCUUACCGCUGGUUACCUCUGGUUACCGCUGGUUACCUCUGGUUACCGCUGGUUACCGCUGGUUACCGCUGGUUACCGCUGGUUACCGCUGGUUAACGCUGCUUACCGCUGCUUACCGCUGGUUACCUCUGGUUACCGCUGGUUACCGCUGGUUACCGCUGGUUACCGCUGGUUACCUCUGGUUACCGCUGGUUACCUCUGGUUACCACUGGUUACCUCUGGUUACCACUGGUUACCACUGGUUACCUCUGGUUACCUCUGGUUACCACUGGUUACCACUGGUUACCUCUGGUUACCUCUGGUUACCUCUGGUUAACGCUGGUUACCACUGGUUACCUCUGGUUAACGCUGGUUACCACUGUUUACCGCUGGUUACCGCUGGUUACCGCUCGAUCUGAUGGAAUCCAGGUCUUAGUUUCUUAAACAAUCAAAUAUAAAAUCAGAAAUGAAGGAAAUACUCCUAUGAAGACUAGGAUGAAUACGAUGGGUAGUAUGUUGUAAUCUUGUAUGUUAUAUCCUUUUAAUGCAUAUUCCUAUUUAAUCCCAAUGAUUUAACCUAGUUAGUCAUAUUUAACAUAGACAAUGUUUAAUGACAUUAUUGCCGAUGUACUUAAUAGGCCACACCAUUCCACAGUGUCCAGCUCAAAACCCAUAAUGUCAAUGUGUUGCUCUGUCAUGGUCUGGAUAUAGAUUGAACCAUAAUGUGUGUACUGCAGCAACCCUCCAGCCCGGAGCAGCCUUCUUACUGAGAAACACCGAUGGACAUUAAGAACAAUAAAACCUGAAACAAGUGAUGGAA